AUGGACCUGCACAACAUUGCUCUCAACGAUCAAGAAGAAGGCGAAGAAAGCGUUUCCUCGACCUUCGAUCAUGCUGACCUCUCUGAUUCCUCUGCGAUGAGCGAGGAGCCAAGGCUGCAGCUGAAGGACAAGGGCACGGUGCUGUUCAGCGACUACAUCAAGCAGACGCGCAAGCUCAUCAACCCCAACUUCCAGCCCAUCUUCGCCGCCGUGAGCCACCUCACGCUCGGCGUGCACGCGCCGCCGCCCACCAAUCACCACCGCGACGUGUGGGCCCUGUUCGCCAACCAGAUCAACCGACUCGUGCCGGCCAAGCGGCCGCAGCCGGUGGCCAUUCUCAACGACCUCAGCUUCUACGCCCGCCCCGGCGAGAUGACCCUGAUCCUCGGCGCGCCCGGGUGCGGGAAGAGCUCGCUGCUGAAGCUGCUGGCCAACCGACUGCGGGCGGGCAAGGUGCACGGGAGCCUGACCUUCAACGGCAAGGUGCCCAAGCGCAAGCACUACCACCGCGACGUGGCCUUCAUCCAGCAGGAGGACGUGCACCUGGCCACGCUCACCGUCAAGGAGACGCUGCGCUUCAGCGCCGACUGCCAGAUGCCGGCGGGCGUGGCGGCCAAGGUCAAGGCCGAGCGCGUGGAGGCCAUCCUCCAGCUGCUGGGCCUCACGCAUCGGGCCGACACGAUCGUGGGCGACGCGCUGCUGCGCGGCGUGUCGGGUGGGGAGAAGAAGCGCGUGACGGUGGGCAUCGAGUGGACCAAGUCGCCCGGCGUGUGGCUGUUCGACGAGCCCACGACGGGCCUGGACUCGUCGGCGUCGUUCGACGUCAUGCGCGCGCUGCGCACCAUCGUCAACAUGGGCGGCACGGGCCUCGUGUCGCUGCUGCAGCCCAGCUACGAGACCUUCCACCUGUUCGACAAGGUGAUGAUCCUCACGCGCGGCGAGAUCGCCUUCCUGGGCAAGCGCACCGACGCACUGCCCUACUUCGAGCGGCUGGGCUACAAGUGUCGCUCCACGCUCAAUCCCGCCGAGUUCCUCCAGGAGGUGGUUGAGUCGACGCUGAGCGCCAACCCGAGCAAGUACCGAGCGGUGGAUGAGGCCCAGGCCCAUGGCGAUGAAGACGACGAUGGCGGCGACAAUGCGGCGGCGAUGGCUGACGAAGAUUUCGAUUGGCUGGAGCCGAAGGACUUUGUGGCAGCGUACAAGGCGUCGGAGCACUACGCACACGUCAUCGACACCAUCAACGACACCAACAAGGACCUCGCUCCUCACCCCGACCACAGUGAGCACACAGACGACCACGCGGCCAAGAUCGAGCUGGUGGACUACGCCCGCGAUGCCAAAUACCCCACCUCCAUACCUACGCAAUACUGGCUGCUGACCAAGCGCGCGCUGACCCGCGAGUGGCGCGACAAGACCACCAACCUCAUGCGGAUCUUCAACACCUGCCUGCUGGCGUGCAUCCUGGGCACGCUGUUCCUGCGGCUGGGCUACCACCAGUCGGACAUCAACUCGCGCGUGGGCCUCACCUUUGCCGUGCUGGCCUACUGGGCCUUCGGCUCGCUCACGGCGCUGCCGCUCACCAUCUUCGAGCGGCCGGUGUUUUACAUGCAGCGCGACCAGAAGUACUAUCGCACGUCGCCCUAUCUCUUCUCCACCAUCGUCGCCGAGAUUCCGACGAUGAUGGUCGAAGUGGGCGCCUUCUCGAGCAUUCUUUACUGGCUGGCCAACCUCAACGCGGGCGACGAUGGCGCCCGCUUCGGCUACUUCGUCUACAUGUGCUUCCUGUUCUACUGGACGAUGCGUUCAUUCACGCGCAUGGUGUCGGUGUGGUCGCCCUCGCUGCUCUACGCCCAGAGCUUCGCACCCACGUUCAUCGCCAUGCUUCUCAUGUUCGGCGGCUAUCUUGUCCCGCGCAUCCACAUCUACGGUUGGUGGAUCUGGAUGUACUGGGCCAAUCCGGUGUCGUACGCCUUCCAGGGCCUGGCCUCCAACGAGUUCUGGGGCCGCGAGUACUCCUGCGAGGACUCCGAGCUCGUGCCGCCCACGUCGGAGGCGAACUUCAACCUGCCCUACCCGCAGGGCUUCGCGGGCAGCCAGGCGUGCCCGGUGACGAGCGGGACGGACUACAUCGUGAACAGCUACGGCAUCUUCGACCGCGAGUGGCUCAAGUGGAUCAUGGCCGUGUGCGUGAUCGGGUGGUGGGUGAUCUUCACGCUGGCGACCUACGCGGGCAUGCGGUUCGUGCGGCACUCGCCGCCGAAGAAGCCGCGCAUGAAGAGCGUCGAGGUGAGCGAGGAGCAGGAGCGCGAGAUGAAGCAGUUCAACAUCAAGGCCGUCAAGGCCCACCACCUCAACCACACCCACAAGCACGCCCAUGGCCACGCCCACAGCGACGACGAGUCCAAGAAGGCCGGCGAGCUGAAGAAGAUGGACAGCUUUGCUGACAUCGAAGAGGCGCCGGUCAAGGAGGGAAUGGAGGUGGAGAAGAUGGGCGGAGAGUUCGUGGAAGGAGGAGCGUACCUGUCGUGGCACCACCUGAAUUACUCGGUGUUCGCGCGCGACGGGAUUGUGAAGAAGAAGGAGCUGAAGCUGCUGCACGACGUGUCGGGCUUCGUCAAGCCCGGCAUGAUGCUCGCUCUCAUGGGGUCGUCGGGCGCGGGCAAGUCGACGCUGAUGGACGUGCUGGCGCGGCGCAAGACGGGCGGCAAGAUCACGGGCGAGGUGCUGGUCAACGGGCGCAAGACCGACGCCAACCUGUCGCGCAUCAUCGGAUACGUCGAGCAGCAGGACAUCCACGCGCCCACGCAGACCAUUUACGAGGCCAUCGAGCUCUCUGCCCUCUGUCGGCUGCCAGCGGCGAUUCCAGUGGAGGAGAAGAAGAAGUACGCGCGCAGCCUGCUCAAGAUCCUGGGCCUGGAGAGCAUCGCCAACCGGGUGAUCGGGGUCAACGCCGCCGACGGCAUCUCGGCCGACCAGCGCAAGCGCGUCACCAUCGGCGUCGAGAUGGCCGCCGACCCGGCCAUUCUCUUCCUCGACGAGCCCACCUCCGGUCUCGACUCCUUCGGCGCUGAGCGCGUCAUGACUGCCGUUCGCAACAUCGCCGGCCGCGGGACGUCGGUGGUGUGCACGAUCCAUCAGCCUUCGGCGACGAUCUUUGGCAUGUUCACGCAUCUGCUGCUGCUCAAGAAGGGCGGCUUCACGACCUACUUCGGCCCGAUCGGGAAGAGCGAGGGCGACUACUCGGUGCUGCUGGACUACUUCUCGGCCAUGGGCCACACCAUGAAGCCGCACCAGAAUCCGGCCGAGUUCAUUCUCGAGGUGACCGGCGCCGGCAUUCCCAAGACCGACGACGCCAAGCCCGACCCGGACGCCGCAGAGCACGCAGAGAAGGACGUGGAGAUGGGCCACAAGGACGAGAACUUCUACGUCGAGGCCUACAAGCACUCCCAGUUCUACGCCGACACCGAGCAGAAGCUGGCGGCCGGCAUCUUCCCGGCAGUGGAGAAGGUGGACGACGAGGAGAAGAGCCGGUGGCGCAAGAUCAAGGAGCGGCUCACGAACCGCUACGCGAGCACCUACCUCCAGCAGUUCACGCAGACCAUGAAGCGCAGCUUCCUGGCCUACUGGCGCAGCCCCGAGGAGUUCCUCCAGAAGGUGGCCGUGCCGCUGGUGCUGGGCGUCAUCAUCGGGACCUACUUCCUGCAGCUCAACGACACGCAGCAAGGCGCCUUCCAGCGCGGCGGUCUGCUCUACUUCUCGAUGUUGGUCUCCAAUUUGCUCGGCAUUCAGCUGAAGGCCAAGGUGAUCCAAGAGCGUCCGUUCAUGUAUCGUGAGCGGGCAUCGCGGACCUACACGUCGCUGGUCUAUCUGGCCGGCCUCGUUCUGGUCGAGAUCCCCUUCGUGCUCUUUAACACCGUGGCCUUUGUGGUCCCGGUGUACUUCAUCGCGGGGCUGCAGUACGACGCCGGUCGCUUCUGGAUCUUCUUCGCCAUCUACCUCCUCGCCAACCUCCUCUCGAUCGCCAUCGUCUACGCCAUCUGCCUGGCGUCGCCCAACAUCACGCUGGCUAACGCGCUGUCGGCGCUGGUGUUCACGCUGUUCUCCAACUUUGCGGGCUUCCUCAUCACGCGCGACAACAUUCCCGGCUGGUGGAUCUGGGCCCACUACAUCGAUCUCGACAUGUAUGGCAUCGAAGCACUCCUCAUCAACGAAGUCACGGGGAUGACGAUCAAGUGUUCCGCGAGCGAGCUGGUGCGGGUGCCGAUCGCAUCGGUGCCGGGCGCGUUCAAGGAGUUCUGUCCGAUCACGACGGGCGAGGCCUUCCUCGAGAGCCUGGGCAUGUCGGCCGACAACCUGCUGCGCGACUCGCUGGUCAUGCUGGGCUGGUGGAUCGCGCUCAUCGUCGCGUGCGCCCUGCUGCUCAAGUUCGUCGUCCACCAGAAGCGUUAG